AUGCUGAAGACCAAGUGCCUCUUGAUUAGACCCUUUGAGCUCCAAGAGGACUAUUACAGGCCAGGAGACCUCCUUAUUGGUGGAUAUUUGCCCCAUCUCAGUACGAUAGCAACAGAAAAGUCCUUUGAAAAACGUCCCCAAAACACCCCUUUAUCACGCCCAGUGCCCAAAAACUAUCAACACAUCCUAGCCCUUGUAUUUGCCAUCAACGAGAUCAACAAGGAUCCGGAAGUCCUUCCCAACAUCACGCUGGGCUUCCGCAUCUAUGAGGACACCUACUUCGCAAGAAUGACCUACCGGACAAGCCUGUCAUUUCUCUCCUCAAGGAGUCAACUGGUCCCUAACUACAGAUGCAGCAGACAGGAGAAGCUGCUCUCUGUCAUUGGAAGUCUCUAUUCCAGAAUCUCAAUGCAGAUGGCCUCUAUCUUGGGCCUCUUCAAGGUCCCACAGGUUCCUGUUGAACCUAACCAGUUCACCGAAGUUCCUUCAAGCUACUGGCAUUGUUCUCCAAACAGUGAGAAGUUCCGGUGGAAACGUUUGCCUGGGCUAAAUUAUUGCAACUUGCUCUGCGUGGGGCUAACCUUGAAGCUGACCCGGAAACUACAGUUUGUCCAAAAUGCAGCCGUGCAGGUGUUUACAGAUACGAUCAGAUUUCCUUCCUUCUACCGGAUUGACCCCAGUGAAGUCCCACAGUACUGGGGGAUCGUCCGCUUACUUCUCCAUUUCCACUGGAACUGGAUUGGGAUUGUUGCUCCAGAUGAUGACAGCGGUGAAAACUUCAUCCAAGCCCUAACACCAAUGCUUGACCAGAACAACAUCUGUGUCGAGUUCAUGAAACGGACUUUGUCAGAAAUCUCAAUGUACCAUACAGCUAUACAUGACUAUAUGAACCUAGCUAUAGCUAUCUUGGAGGGGAAGGAGAAUAUCGAGAACCUGACCCCCUCUGUAUUCGAAAUGAGCAUGACUGGAAACAGCUAUAACAUCUACAAUGCAGUCUACUCCAUGGCACGUGCGCUACAUGCCAUGUACACAUUUGGAUCAAAACCUGCAAUCAUGGGGAAAAGCAAGAGGCUUCUGGAUGUCCAGCCAUGGCAGAAGCUGCCCUCUUCCAGGUGUGUGGAGAGCUGCUUGCCAGGUUCCAGCAGAGCAAUUCAAGAAGGGAAGCCGGUUUGCUGUUACGAGUGCUUCCAUUGUGCAGAAAGGGCGAUUUCUAGCCACACAGAUGCUGAUCACUGCGUCCCAUGCCCAGAAGAUCAAUUCCCAAACAAGAACAAAGACCAGUGUAUCUCCAAGACUAUAAACUUCCUUUCCUAUCAAGAGAUUUGGGGGUUCGUUUUAGCUUCUCUUGCACUUUUGCUGUCUCUGACCACAGCUGUAGUCAUGGCAACCAUCGUUAAACAUCAAGGCACACCAAUUGUCAAAGCCAACAACAGAGACCUCACCUAUGUCCUCCUCAUCUCCCUCCUGCUGUGUUUCCUCUGCUCCUUCCUAUUCAUUGGUCAACCUAGGAAGAUCACCUGUCUUCUCCGACAAACCUCAUUCAGCGUAACGUUCUCUGUUGCCAUUUCAACCAUCUUGGCAAAAACAAUCACAGUGGUUCUGGCCUUCAUGGCUACUAAGCCGGGAAGCAUGGCGAGAGGAUGGUUGAGGGGCAAAUGGGUACAUUCUACUGUUCUAGUCUGUCCCCUUAUCCAAGCUGUCAUCUGUGCUAUAUGGCUGGGAACCUCUCCCCCAUUCCCCAACUUGGACUUCCAUUCCUUGGCCAAGGAGAUCGUAGUGGAAUGUAAUGAAGGGUCGGUCGCCAUGUUCUAUACUGUAUUGGGCUACAUGGGAUUUCUAGCCCUGGUCAGUUUUCUGGUGGCGUUUAUAGCCAGGAAACUGCCAGAUAACUUUAAUGAAGCCAAGUUCAUCACCUUCAGCAUGCUAAUGUUCUGCAGUGUGUGGGUCUCCUUUGUGCCCACCUACUUGAGCACUAAAGGGAAGUUCAUGGUGGCAGUGGAGGUCUUCUCCAUCUUGGUCUCUGGUGCCGGUCUUCUGGGCUGCAUCUUCCUACCCAAAUGCUACAUUAUUGUUUUGAGGCCUGAUCUCAAUAGCAGAGAUCAUCUAAUGAGGAAAAAGGAUAGCAGGACCUGA